GCCCUGCCUCCCGGGCACUUGCCUGGCUGCGGCGCGCUGCUGGCCCCGCUCGGCCGCUGACACACGGUAGCGGGGACCCCGACGCCGCCGGCCGCCGGCCGCAGGCGCGCCCCGGACGGACGCUGCGCUUGGGGACUCCGGCGCGACGGGCCCGAAGAGGAGAGGAAACAUUCAAACUGGAUUUUUAAAACAUUAGUAAGUCAGUGAUCAGAAUUUACAGAAUGCAAUCCCCAGUAAAAAUCUCAAAAAGAAUUCCUUCAACUAACAGAGUAAAGAAAGUUGAACUACCACCUUGAAACCCUGGUCUAGAAAAACGUAUUGACAUGACAGGAAGUGACAACUAGGGAAAUAUAUUUGGCUCUUAAUGCACCCGAAUCAAAGAAAUUGUCACAGUGCUUCUCAGAGGACUUGUAUAUCUGAGAUUAUUUUAACAAUAAGUUGUUUUAUAAAAAUCUUGACAUGAUCGCCAGGGAGGAGAGACAGCAAUAGCUAAAACCUGUGUGUGUGGGUCAGGAUGACUUCUGAAGAAAUGGCAGCUUCUGUUCUCACACCUGUGACUCAAAGAAAAGUGACAUUUGCUCCAUCGGCUGUAGAUGAAAGUAGUGAAAAGGUCUCAGACAUCAGUGUUCCAAAGGCACAUAGUGUCAAGCAGAGUGAGCAGACUUCUACCAUCCCGUGGAUGAACAAGCUUAAAGAAGAAUCUUCUGGAAGCAACUUGCCCAAAAUUCUCUCUAUAGCAAGGGAGAAAAUAGCAAGUGAUGAGAACAGCAAUGAAGAGUGCUGGACAGAAAGCAUACCAGUUUCUGUGAAAAACCUUAACAUUAACCAUAACAACAUCCUGACAAACCGCCAGUGCGUCCUGCCUCAGAGCCAGUCUUAUGACACGUGCAAUUCUGUUAUGGAGGAAGACCCAUGUUUGGAAACUGGAAUCUCAUCCUCACUGGAAAGAAAGGUAUUCCCUGGAAUUCAACUGGAAGUCAACAGACCUCCCAUGGACUUUAGGCCUCCAGGCCUAAUGGACUUUAGUACCUUAGGAAGUCAGUCAGCCAUUGUAGAUACUGGCCAGGCGCACCCUGACAGCAACAAAGCAGCAUUUCAAAUCUUUAAUUAUGAAGUUGACAGAAGGAUGUCAGACACUUUCUGUACCCUGUCAGGUGACUUGAUAUUGGAUGACUGUGGAAACUGUGUGCCACUGUCAUCUGGUUUUGGCGGGGAGCAAAAGAAAAAUUACGUGGCAUAUACCUGUAAACUCAUGGAAUUGGCUGAAAACUGUGAUAAUGAGAAUGGACAGCUGCAGUGUGAUGAUUAUGAUGCCUUGGAUGACAAAUACUUGUGCUUUGAAGAUUCUUGCCAAAGGGCCAGUGUGGUAUGUUCAAGUGACAGCUUUCACAGGGAGGACCUAACUAACAGUCCACCUGCCAAGACCUUUCUGAGCCAUUUUGAAGACUUCCCUGAUAAUGGUGAAGAUGUAGAAGAUUUUUUUAAAAACAAAAAGGAGAGAUCCACUUUGUUAGUGAGGAGAUUUUGUAAAAAUGACAGAGAAGUAAAGAAAUCUGUGUAUACUGGGACAAGGGCAAUCAUGAGAACUCUGCCUUCUGGUCACAUUGGGCUGGAAGCUUAUAGUUACAUCGAUCAGAAGAGAAGUGGUCCCUUAUUACCCCGUGGGAGAGUUCUGGAACAGCUGUCAGUGGUGGCAAUUAGGCAAGAUGGGAGCCAGUGCCUGUCAGAAGCCGAGUGGUAUCGGAUCUACAAUGCAGUGAGAAGGGAAGAAGAAAUAGAAAAUACAAUUGGAUCUCUUCUCCAUUACUUUACCAAGCUCCCAGCCUCCAAGACAGCCCAUGAAAGGAUUAGUGUUGGUCCAUGCCUAAAGCAGUGUGUCCGAGACACCAUAUGUGAGUAUCGUGCCACCCUCCAGAGGACGUCCAUAUCUCAGUACAUCACGGGUUCGCUCCUAGAAGCAACCACAUCUUUAGGAGCGAGAAGUGGCCUACUCAGUACUUUUGGAGGAUCCACUGGACGAAUGAUGCUAAAAGAACGCCAGCCAGGCACCUCCAUGGCCAAUUCCAGUGCCCUCCCUUCAAGUUCCGCUGGAAUCAGCAAGGAGCUGAUUGACUUGCAGCCUCUCAUUCAGUUCCCAGAGGAAGUCGCCAGCAUCCUGAUGGAGCAGGAACAGAACAUUUACCGAAGGGUCUUACCAGUUGACUAUCUUUACUUCUUGACCCGGGACUUGGGCACUCCAGAAUGCCAGACACCCCUGCCCUGCCUCAAAGCAUCCAUCUCAGCUUCAAUUCUUAGCUCCCAGAACGGAGAGCACAAUGCCCUGGAAGAUCUUGUGAUGAGAUUUAAUGAGGUGAGCUCCUGGGUGACAUGGCUGAUCCUCACGGCGGGCUCCAUGGAGGAGAAGCGAGAAGUCUUCUCCUAUUUGGUGCACGUGGCCAAAUGCUGCUGGAACAUGGGCAACUACAAUGCUGUCAUGGAGUUCUUGGCUGGUCUCAGGUCAAGAAAAGUUUUAAAAAUGUGGCAGUUUAUGGACCAAUCUGACCUCGAGACCAUGAGGAGCCUGAAGGACGCCAUGGCUCAGCAUGAAUCUUCCUGCGAAUAUCGGAAGGUGAUAACGAGGGCUCUGCACAUACCUGGCUGUAAAGUGGUUCCAUUCUGUGGAGUGUUUCUGAAGGAGCUCUGUGAAGUACUGGACGGAGCCUCUGGCCUCAUGAAGCUUUGCCCGAGGUACAAUUCCCAAGAAGAAACUCUAGAGUUUGUAGCAGAUUACAGUGGACAAGAUAAUUUCUUACAACGAGUGGGGCAUAAUGGCUUAAAGAAUUCAGAGAAGGAGUCCACCGUCAACAGCAUCUUUCAGAUCAUUAGGAGCUGCAGCCGAAGUCUGGAGGCUGAGGAAGAGGACAGCCCCAGUGAAGGGAACAGGUCUAGGAAAAAUUCUUUAAGGGACAAAGCCCGAUGGCAAUUUAUAAUCGGAGAUUUGUUGGAUUCCGAAAAUGACAUCUUUGAGCAAUCCAAAGAAUGGGACUCUCCCAGCUCAGAAGAGCCUCAGAAAGCCUUUGACCAUGGGACAGAGCUGAUCCCUUGGUACGUGCUGUCCAUCCGAGCAGAUGUGCACCAGUUCCUGCUGCAGGGCGCCACCGUCCUCCGCUAUGACCAGGACACGCACCUCUCUGCCCGCUGCUUCCUCCAGCUUCAGCCUGACAAUAGCACCUUGACAUGGAUAAAGCCCACAGCUGCCUCCCCGGCCAGUGCUAGAGCAAAACUCGGUGUGCUGAGCAACACGUCUGAGCCUGGCAAGUUCCCGUCACCAGGCAGUGCCGGACUAAGCGGCCUGGCCGAGGGGGUCCUGGAUCUGUUUUCAGCAAAGGCUGUGUACAUGGGACACCCUAGCAUUGAUAUCCACACUGUGUGUGUCCAGAACAAACUCGGUAGCAUGUUUCUCUCAGAGACUGGCGUGACCCUGCUCUACGGGCUCCAGACCACAGACAAUAGAUUAUUGCACUUUGUGGCACCCAAGCACACUGCUAAGAUGCUCUUCAGUGGAUUGUUAGAACUCACGAGGGCCGUGAGGAAGAUGAGAAAGUUCCCUGACCAGAGGCAGCAGUGGCUGCGGAAACAGUAUGUUAGCCUCUAUCAGGAGGACGGACGGUAUGAGGGCCCAACUUUGGCUCAUGCUGUGGAGUUGUUUGGUGGCCGGCGAUGGAGUACACGCAAUCCCAGCCCUGGAACAUCUGCAAAGAGUGCUGAGAAGCCCAGUGUGCAGAGAAACAACACCUUGGGCAUAAGCACCACCAAGAAAAAGAAGAAAAUCCUUAUAAGGGGUGAGAGUGGAGAGGCAGCCGACGAUGAGAUGGCCACCCGGAAGGCCAAAAUGCACAGGGAGUGUCGCAGCCGGAGUGGUUCUGACCCACAAGACAUGAAUGAGCAAGAAGAAUCUGAGGCAAAUGCCAUCAUGAGCCCUCCUAACACUCUGCCUUCCAGAAGAGCCCACUCUUUGACUACAGCUGGGUCCCCUAAUUUGUCUGCCGGGACAUCAUCUCCCAUCAGGCCAGUGUCCUCCCCUGUGCUGUCUUCUUCAAACAAGAGCCCGUCCAGUGCUUGGAGCAGCAGCAGCUGGCAUGGAAGGAUCAAAGGAGGAAUGAAGGGUUUUCAGAGCUUCAUGGUUUCAGACAGUAACAUGAGUUUUGUUGAAUUUGUUGAGCUGUUCAAAUCAUUCAGUGUGAGGAGCCGCAAGGACCUGAAGGAUCUCUUUGACAUCUACGCCGUGCCCUGCAAUCGGGCCGGCUCUGAGUCGGCCCCGCUCUACACCAACCUAACAAUAGACGAAAACACCAGUGAUCUUCAGCCUGACCUAGAUUUAUUGACCAGAAACGUCUCGGAUUUGGGGUUGUUCAUUAAGAGUAAACAGCAGCUGUCAGACAACCAGAGGCAGAUUUCUGAUGCCAUUGCUGCUGCAAGUAUUGUGACGAAUGGCACUGGGGUCGAGAGCACAUCUUUGGGCAUCUUUGGGGUUGGCAUACUCCAGCUCAAUGACUUCCUAGUCAACUGCCAGGGAGAACACUGCACUUAUGAUGAAAUCCUCAGCAUCAUCCAGAAGUUUGAGCCUAGCAUUAGUAUGUGUCAUCAGGGCCUACUGUCCUUUGAAGGAUUUGCAAGGUUUCUGAUGGAUAAAGAUAAUUUUGCCUCCAAAAAUGAUGAGUCACAGGAGAACAUUAAAGAUUUGCAACUGCCUCUCUCCUACUAUUACAUUGAGUCUUCACACAAUACCUACCUCACAGGCCACCAGCUCAAAGGAGAGUCAUCGGUAGAACUCUAUAGCCAGGUCCUCCUGCAAGGCUGUAGAAGUGUAGAGUUGGACUGCUGGGAUGGAGAUGACGGGAUGCCCAUCAUCUAUCACGGACACACACUAACAACCAAGAUCCCCUUCAAGGAGGUGGUUGAAGCCAUCGACCGCAGUGCCUUCAUCAACUCUGACCUGCCCAUCAUCAUAUCGAUUGAGAACCACUGCUCGUUGCCUCAGCAACGAAAAAUGGCAGAAAUUUUCAAGACUGUGUUUGGAGAAAAACUGGUGGCUAAAUUCCUGUUUGAGAGCGAUUUCUCAGAUGAUCCAAUGCUUCCCUCACCUGACCAACUUAGGAGGAAAGUGCUUCUUAAAAAUAAGAAGCUAAAAGCCCACCAGACACCAGUGGAUAUCUUAAAGCAAAAGGCUCAUCAGUUAGCAUCCAUGCAAGCUCAGGCUUAUAAUGGGGGAAAUGUCAACCCUUCACCUGCUAAUAACGAGGAAGAGGAGGAUGAAGAGGACGAAUAUGAUUAUGAUUAUGAAUCCCUGUCUGAUGACAACAUUCUAGAAGACAGACCUGAAAAUAAAUCAUGUAAUGACAAGCUUCAGUUUGAGUAUAACGAAGAAAUCCCCAAGAGGAUAAAGAAAGCAGAUAAUUCUGCUUUCAACAAAGGAAAGGUUUAUGACAUGGAACUGGGAGAAGAAUUUUAUCUUCCUCAGAAUAAAAAGGAAAGCAGACAGAUUGCACCAGAGCUUUCUGACCUUGUCAUCUACUGCCAAGCAGUAAAGUUUCCGGGGCUGUCAACUCUAAAUGCAUCUGGCUCUAACAGAGGAAAAGAGAGGAAAAGCAGGAAGUCCAUUUUUGGCAACAAUCCGGGCAGAAUGAGCCCUGGGGAGACAGCAUCGUUUAACAAAGCAUCUGGAAAAAGUUCCUGUGAAGGAAUGCGACAGGCGUGGGAGGAAUCUUCUUCCCCCCUCAACCCAACCACAUCCCUCAGCGCUAUCAUUAGAACUCCCAAAUGUUACCAUAUCUCAUCGCUGAAUGAAAAUGCCGCCAAACGUCUGUGUCGCAGGUAUUCUCAGAAACUGAUCCAGCACACUGCCUGUCAGCUGCUGAGGACUUACCCGGCUGCCACACGCAUCGACUCCUCCAACCCCAAUCCUCUCUUGUUCUGGCUCCAUGGGAUACAGCUCGUGGCACUCAACUACCAGACAGAUGAUCUCCCUUUACAUUUAAAUGCUGCCAUGUUUGAGGCCAACGGUGGAUGUGGUUAUGUUUUGAAACCCCCCGUUCUGUGGGACAAGAACUGUCCCAUGUACCAGAAGUUUUCACCCUUGGAAAGAGACCUGGACAACAUGGAGCCUGCCGUCUAUUCCUUAACUAUUGUCUCUGGUCAAAACGUGUGCCCAAGUAGCAGCACAGGAAGCCCAUGUAUCGAAGUGGACGUGCUGGGCAUGCCCCUGGACAGUUGCCACUUCCGCACAAAACCCAUCCACCGGAACACUUUGAACCCCAUGUGGAAUGAACAGUUUCUCUUCCGGGUUCACUUUGAAGAUCUCAUAUUCCUGCGUUUUGCAGUUGUGGAAAACAAUAGCUCAGCCAUAACCGCUCAGAGAAUCAUCCCCCUCAAGGCUUUAAAACGAGGAUAUCGACAUCUUCAGCUGCGAAACCUCCACAAUGAAGUCUUGGAAAUCUCUAGUUUAUUCAUAAACAGCAGAAGGAUGGAAGAAAAUUCCUCCAGCAGUGCCACGCCAGCCUCUUUGAUGUUUAAUACAGAAGAAAGAAAAUGUUUGCAGACUCACAGAGUCACAGUGCAUGGGGUCCCAGGUCCAGAGCCCUUUACUGUUUUCUCCAUAAGUGGAGGCACGAAGGCAAAGCAGCUUCUCCAACAGAUUCUAACUUCUGAACAAGACACCAAACCUAUUGUCACAGACUAUUUUUUGAUGGAAGAAAAAUAUUUUAUAUCUAAAGAAAAGAAUGAAUGCAGGAAACAACCAUUUCAGAGAGUCAUUGGUCCAGAAGAAGAGAUCAUGCAGAUUUUAAGCAGCUGGUUUCCAGAGGAAGGAUAUGUUGGCAGGAUUGUCUUAAAAACCCAGCAGGAAAACCUAGAAGAGAGAAGCAUUGUUCAAGAUGACAAAGAAGUGAUCUUGAGCUCGGAGGAGGAGAGCUUCUUUGUCCAAGUGCAUGACGUUUCUCCAGAGCAACCUCGGACGGUCAUCAAAGCGCCCCGUGUCAGCACCGCUCAGGAUGUCAUUCAACAGACCUUAUGCAAAGCCAAAUAUUCCUAUAGCAUCCUGAGUAACCCCAACCCGAGUGACUAUGUGCUUCUGGAAGAGGUGGUGAAAGAUGCUACCAAGAAGUCCUCCACCCCAAAGUCCUCCCAGCGGGUCCUUUUGGACCAAGAGUGUGUGUUUCAAGCCCAGAGCAAGUGGAAAGGUGCUGGAAAAUUCAUCCUCAGGCUAAAGGAGCAGGUGCAGGCAUCCCGAGAAGAUAAAAGAAAAGGCAUUUCUUUUGCAAGUGAAUUCAAGAAGUUCACCAAAUCAACUAAACAGCCCCGAGGACUCACAUCUUCUCAGGUCUUGGCCUCAGAAAGUGCCCAAAACAAGGAGGAGAAGCCCACGGGCAGCUUGUCCUCCAGUGACACCACAGACUCCCGACAAUAACCAAGGUUGGCAUGUUUUACCCAGGUGAAGAUCUUUUGGUAAGAAGUUAGUCAAGAGUGAACAUGGUGGAAACAAAUAUAAUUUCCUUACUUUCAUUACACUUCAACUGGAAAUUGAUUUCUGAACUGAAGCCUUCUUCACUCAUGAUGUGAGGUCCAUGCUGAGGUCAAGCAAAAUGACACAGGGCUACCUACCAACCAGUCUCUUGAUGAAUGCAGCAAAGAAGCCCAGGAGAUUGCCAUUUUACAAAUGUCAGCAGUUGGAACAUUGCUAAGCUGCUUGCAGUAACAGACUUAGAGUAAGGGUCAGCAAACUUUGUCCAUAAAGGGCCAGACAAUAAGUAUUUUAGGCUUUAUGGGCCAUAUGAUCUCCGUUGCAGCUACUCAGCUUGGCUGUUAACAGUGCAAAAGCAGCCAUAGACCAUCUAUACAUGAGUGUGGCUGUGUUCCAAUAAAACUAUUUACAGACACUGAAAUUGCAAUUUCAUAUAAUUUUCAUGUCACAAGUAAUCCUCUUUGGGUUUUUUUUUUUUUCAAGCAUUUAAAAAUGUAAAACUAUUCUUAGUUCAAGAGCCAUACAGAAACUGGUGGUGGGCUGGAUUUAGCCCAGGGCCAUGGUUUGCUGACCCAACUUAGAAAACUGGGAACAAGAGCCACAGUGGUCUGAACACAAGCAAACUAGCUUUCAUCACAUUCAUGGCUGACAAUCGGAAGCUUUGGGGCAUUGCAAAUGUAAAUAUAUCCUGUAAGAUUCAUUAAAAAGUAAAAUGUAGUUUCUAUAUUGUGCACCAUUAGUGGACUCUUUGGCAUUUCUUUUUAUGUAGAGAAUGAUGAUUUUUUAAAGUUUAUUGCUUAUGUAUUCACAGAUUAUUCCACUUUUGGUUUUCACAGACUGAAUUUAGAAUGAUGUAUAAAUUAAUAUUUUCUGAGUUGUGGCAUCUUAACAAGAAAUUUAACCAUUUCUUAAAGCAAAAGUAGACUGAGUUGGUGUUCGAAUUUAUUUAUUUUGCAAGGUUUGUACUGACACUGUACUUAUGUAUUUAUUAUACAUAGCUUUCUUGAUAUUGCUUAUGGAUUAGAAGCAUCAGCGGUUCUAUUUGAAGACAAAUCUCCUAAAAAGAAAAAAUAUGUGUUCUCUGAAUACCUGACAUGGAACAGAAUUUCAUGUAAAAAAAAAAAAAAAAGCUUUAUUUUCAUUUCUGAUUAACUGAAGAGCUAUUGAUCCAAGACAUAAUUGCUAUUUAAAGUAAUUACCUUUAAAAUCUUGCUGCAUAAACUAUCACAUAAGUGUAAAGGAUUCUUCUCAUUCUUGGUAUGAAGCAAAUUAUGACUUUUAAAAUGAAAUGUGUUCCUCGAAAAUCUAAAUUUUAUCUUUCUGCUGAUAUUAAAAUUUUUUCUUCAAAUUAUAAAGCACACCAAAAAUCCUUUUUCUUUGGAAAGUUUUGGGUUUUUUGGUUCUGUUUGGUUUUGUUUCAUUUAUUUAUUACCAAUUAUAAACGUGAAUAAAACAGUCCGCAAUUCUUUGCAUAUUCUAAAAUUGGAAGUGUUAAAAAAUACACCAGACAGCUUUCACAUUAAUGGAAGUUCUUACUGACUCAAAGCCUUAAUGCUAGCUAGAACAGCCACCAUUUGCUGGUGCCAGAAUUCAAACUAUUCCAGUCUGAUGUCGUUUGCCCAGUGCUACAGGUUUCUCUUCAAGUCCUCAGUCUAGAAGAAAUGCACAAUACUGCCCCAGUUGGAAAAAAUAUUCCAGAAACACUCUCAUGCUUCUAUAAAUUUGGCAUUUUUUUCUGUUUUGGUUUACCAUGUACUGAAAACCGAGGUACUGGCCUCACUGAAAACCAUGCAAACAGGCCGAGAAGCAAGACUCGUCGCUGGAGGUUUAGCCCUUGGCCUUGACACUAAGCUCCAGCCCCGCCCCGCCCCACCGCCAUCUGUAACAUAGUUGAUUCCAUGGCAGGACAGUCUGAAACUUCUGGGACAGAAGUGAGACUAGUUUUUACAAGUGAAUGUAUUCCCUAUGUCAAACCCAACUUGGUUGUUCAUCCCACUUAGAGGUGAAAGUACAAACUCCAUUGUAUCAGAGUCUUGGAGACUUCCUUCCAGAGUCUUGGGGACACAUUUUGCUCAAAAUGUAGCGUCCACUAACUUGGCGUUUGCCAAAUAUAUGAAAUUUUUAUUGGUAGCUUCUCUGAACUAUAUAGCUAUGUUGGUAUACCAAAUGAAAAAUUAUCCUUUUAUUUUGAAUGAAUCAAACAGCCACUCAGACUGAACCAGUUACCAAAUCAUACUUUCCAGACUGCUAAAAAUCUGGGUAGCAAACUUUUAUCAGUAAAGUUGAUAUGGAAGAGAACUUAAAUAUGCAAAGUAGGUUUAUUACAAGAUUUUGAAGAAAAAUAUGUUAACACACUUCACUAAAAACAAAGGAGCAGGAGUUCUGUGACUGUUAGGUGAUGCCAGCUUUACAGAAUGUGUAUAGCUGGUGAGAAAGGAUUAGAUAAAAAUCCAACAUGGGGGAUCCCUGGGUGGCGCAGUGGUUUGGCGCCUGCCUUUGGCCCAGGGCGCGAUCCUGGGGACCCGGGAUCAAAUCCCACGUCGGGCUCCCAGUGCAUGGAGCCUGCUUCUCCCUCUGCCUAUGUCUCUGCCUCUCUCUCUGUGUGUGACUAUCAUAAAUAAAUAAAAAUUAAAAAAAAAAAAAGAAUCCAACAUGGUCUGUGACAUUGACAGAGAUUAACUUCCCCUUGAUCACCUGUUCAUCUGGAAUUGGUUGUUUUGCAAAUAGGUUGCGUGAGGUAGUUAAGGAGUUGAGGGAAAGUUUGAGGGCAAAUCGAUAAGAAGUAACAAUAUUAUUUGGGCAGCAAAUGCCCUCUUGAGGAAAUACCUCUUUUCAUAUCAUCCUUAGCAAGUAAUAGUUGCUUAGCAAUUCUCCAGUUGGGGGUAGACAGGAAGUGCAACUCAGCAGAAGUGAGUUUUUACUUAAAUUUGCUUUCAUACAAAGGUCUCCCAUCUCCAUGGCUCGGAAACACUGGAGGCUCACUGAUGACGAGGGCCCCCUCCUGCCACACAUACUCCUUUCUCAAACGCCAUCUUCCCCUUCCUCUUCUCUUUCCUUCUAAUUCCAUAGACCUGUCCCCUCUGCCCGGAUACCCACAGGCCUUGCUUAAUUCUGACAAGUCACAGAGCCUGCAUUCUGCCUGAUAAAACCGAAGCCACUGCCACCACACCAAGAGAAGAGUAGGAUUCUCCUGGCUGGGGUCUCAUCUCUUACUUGGUGGAGUGAGAGGCAGCCUACAGCCUACAAUUCUCUCGGUGGCUGCCUCUGACCCCGCAGUUGCUUCUUACAUGAGCAGCGAAGUGAGGGGACCCUCCAGAAAGUUACCAGAAAAGGAAGAUUGCCUCUUACACAAAGUCCACCCUUAGGUCAGCAUCCCCGUGAUACCGUGUGUUGUUAACAAUUUGUAUGUUCUUGGCCAUCUCUAAGUGUCAACGUCCUAAGGGAUCGGUCUUUGGUUGACGGCUAAGGAUUGUGACGUGGGAUAUCUAAAUGUCGCUGAAAUACUGAAUCUCCAUGAUUCCCAAGUUAUUCAUAUACAUCUCUUGGAUGUAUAAAAUCUCCAAAAUAGUCUCCAGAAUAGACAUGCUCAAGCAGGUCUAUGAAACCUUUCCUAGGUAUCUGAACUUUGAAAUAAUUCGCUCUGACACUGAAUUGGGUAAAGUUCCAGUUUUUUAAAUGUUGUGUGAUCUUCUCCCAGUCCAGGGAAGACUGAAGCUGUGUCUUAUACAUAUUACCCCCCACUUCACUUUUAAGUGCCUAGCACAGUGCUAAGCACACAGUAGGUGCUUGAUAUUUGUCUAGUUUAAAAAAAUAUAUUAAGGCUGUGGCAUGUUAUAGCCUCAUAGUGUAUGUUACUGUUAAUGACUAUGAUAUUUAGUUCUGAAAAUGAAACUCAUCAAACAGGCCAUAUAAGUUUAUGCACAAAUAGAUACCAUUCUCAAACCAAAAGAGUACUUGAAUACUAGAUGUAUAAAUAAUAGUCCCACUGUGAUUCUCUAUAUGUGUAACUAGGUUAAAAGCACAAUACAAGUGUGAAAUAGUUGAUGAAUUUCUAUUUUAAAAUGGAUUUUUCACCUAAAGUACAGUUUCUGCUGCCAAAGUGAAAGAUAAAUGUAUUUAUAUAUGUUUGGUAAGUAAGUAAAUAAAUGAAUGAAUGAAUGAAUAAAUGAUUUGUGACGUGUAAUGGUCCCAGGGAAAGAUCCUGUGACCAUCCAAAAAACUAUUCAUAACAUUGCUGGACUGUUUUAUAUCUGAAAUGUAGGUUAAAAGCAAAUAUGUGUAUGUUAAAUCGUACAUUCUCAUUAAAAUAAUUAAGCCUAAAAUCACAUGUAAGAACAUGCCAAAAGAUUAACAUGCAAUGUUGAGCUGAUACUCUCCAUUAAGCUGGAGUAAUAAAGGAACUUUCUAUUUUCAUUUACUUCAUGAGGGAAAAAAAGGGGGGGCUUUAAGCUCUAGACCAAAAGAACUGGCUUCU